CACGGCUCUCGGGUUCGGGUGGCGGGGAAGCGACGGGAUGGCUGCGGCCGGCGGCGGGGCGGCGGCGGGCCGAGCCUACUCGUUCAAGGUGGUGCUGCUAGGGGAAGGCUGCGUGGGGAAGACGUCGCUGGUGCUGCGCUACUGCGAGAACAAGUUCAACGACAAGCACAUCACCACUUUGCAGGCAUCGUUCUUAACAAAGAAGUUAAACAUCGGUGGGAAAAGAGUAAACCUUGCUAUAUGGGAUACAGCAGGUCAAGAGAGAUUCCAUGCAUUGGGUCCAAUUUACUACAGAGAUUCAAAUGGAGCUAUUUUAGUUUAUGACAUAACAGAUGAAGAUUCUUUUCAGAAGGUAAAAAACUGGGUCAAAGAAUUACGGAAAAUGUUGGGAAAUGAAAUCUGUUUAUGUAUAGUUGGUAAUAAGAUAGACUUGGAAAAGGAGAGACAUGUUUCCAUUCAAGAAGCAGAAUCGUAUGCAGAAUCUGUGGGAGCAAAACAUUAUCACACGUCAGCCAAACAGAAUAAAGGAAUUGAGGAACUCUUUCUCGAUCUUUGUAAAAGAAUGAUAGAAACAGCACAGGUGGACGAGAGGGCAAAAGGCAACGGCUCCAGCCCACCAGGAGCUGCAAGGCGAGGUGUACAGAUUAUCGAUGAUGAACCUCAGGUCCAGAGCGGUGGUGGAGGGUGCUGUUCUUCUGGAUAACUGUUGACACCUGAGAAACUAAAACAAACUGUGGAUCAUUGCCCUCAACAUGAAGACUGCCAUAUUCCAAGUCACAUUAUUUUACCAAUGGAAUUAUAGAAUUAACAGUAUUUUAAAUUACGUUUAUAACACUUCAGAGACCUUAAGUGCUAAACUUAGUGGAGUUUGUGACCAGAGAAUUGGCAUUUUCUACAAAUGUUAACAAAGCAAUUACCAAUGGCCUUUUUACAUAUUUUUUCUUUAAUAAGGAAUAAUAUGCAUGUAGAAAAGACCUACUUAAAGGCUUCAUUUAUAUUCUUUUAAAUCAAAUCUUUAUUUAAUAACUUAUAUAUGUUGUUGGAAUGGUAUACAUUUUGCAGCCCUUUGUAUUUUGUGGUAGUUUGAAUUGUAUCACUUCUAAACAGCAAACAUUUUUUUUUUUUAAUUAGCAGAUACCUGAAGUACUAUUUUUGCAGGGUUUGCACAGGCCCCUAACUGUCUACUACUUUGAUAUAAUCUAUAUACAUCCUGUAUGCUGAGCUGGUAAAAUACAUUGUAAAUUACAUAUUAAAUAUUUUAUCUGCUUUUACAAGCGCAAGGUGCAAAAAUAUAUAUAAUAGUCUCAUUGAUGACUGUAAAGUGAUUAACAUUUGGUGAUAAUGCCUAAGCUUUUUGACUCUGAUAUAAAGAUCAUAGCUCCCCUUCACUUUUGUCUUAACUUGAAAGUGGCGUGUUUAAAUUUUCACAUAUACUUUACUUGAAUUAUUGCUGUUGUCACAUGUUUUUGGCCUCUGUAAGUUCAUCCGAUGAUUGAACAGCAGCAUUUGCCUUUUGGUUUGGGGUUUUGUUCUUUGUUUUUUUUUAAUAAAAGAGAUAACUUCAGCCAAUUUUGCUUUAGAAUGGUUACCUUAGAAGGAUUUGAGUGGAGCAUGCCGAGUUUCACUUCUGCCACAGCGUUAGUUUUCUUUUAGGCUUUGUAAGAGUUGGGAUCACUGGUAUGAGAAGAGAGGAAGAAGUCCCAGAUAGCAGCCAUUCACCAAGAAUUAUUCAUACCGCAUGUUAGUGGUAGUUUAUGCUCCUGAGGCAGCACUUUUAGAUCCUUUGCGAGCAAGUAGUAUUUGUUCAGUGCUUGCCAGAAAUGAACACAGAAAGUUUCGUUUCAUUUUAUAAGAGCUAUUCUUCUGAGUUUCAGUGAAGGGAAACAUUUCAUGUAAUGCAGUUAUGGCGAACACUGGAAAGAUUUAUUAUAAAAUUAUAUUCUUGUAUACUUUGUAAAUUAGUCUCUCAUUAGGUUUUUUUCUUAAGCAUAGAACUGAACUUAAAUUUGUUAAUUUUAGUAGAAUCAGGCACUGCUCACAGAAGGAACACAAAUUGUAGAAAGUAACAUAAAUUGUUCUUGUUCUAAUAUAUAUAUAUUUUUCCAUUUCUGUCAUGCUUGGAAAACUAGUAAAUGUUAUGUCUAAGAUAAAAUGGAAUGUUUCCUGGAUUUACUUCUUACAAGAAGCAGUAGUAUGCAAUAAAAUUGUUAGCAUGAGCAAUUAAGAGGACAUAAAGAGGUUACAGUUACUAAAGAAGUACUACGUAUUUUUAAGUUAAUAGCUUAAACUUCCCCAAAUGUGUUAAACGUUGAAUGAAUUGACACCUUGAUGUUAUGAUGUUAGGAUUUUAACUUAGUGUUGAUUUAAGGGUUCUGUGAGUCCUCAUUCUACUUUGUUAGAUUACUGUCCUUGUCAAAUUCAACACGCUGACCUCUGUUUUGUGUCUUUGGGAAGGGUGGUGGGUGGGAAAAUUCAAGGAAAUAAGCUAAAAUUGUCUUCUUUUAUGGGAUGACUAUACUCUGUGUAGUCUCUUGGUUUCCUGUGAAGUUAGUGUUUAUGCAGGGGAUUGGGGGAGGCAGAGGGAAUCAUGACUACAGAUCCAGGAAAAUUGUGUUUGCCCUCCUGGUUCUUUCAGAGGUAGUAAAGAAAGCCUUGCCAUUUCUACUGUUGUAGAUGGGAAAUAAACUCUUUAACUUUGGAGUGAAAUAUGUUUUUAAAACUAAUUAGAGAUGAACUUGAGCUUUAUUCCAAAAAAUAAAGUCAUAAAGCCUGAUAAUUGGAGAGUUGUACUCUCAAUUUUUGACCCUAUGAAGUCCAGAUAGGAACGUCUGCUCUGGAGUUGCCAGGUAGUCAUUGGUAGUCAUUGGUAGUCAUAACCACUCUCCAUAUUUUUUCCUUCUACCCUGCCAUGGUUUCUGUGUAUCUUUGUUAACCUCAAGCUUUUCAUUCUUUUUAAACCUUUAAGCUAAUUGAAGCUAAUUCAAUAGUAACAAUAGAUUACGUGGUAUAUACCUGUCCUUGAUCUGAAGUCCAAAAGGUCUUUUGGUAGGAAUAGGAUGAAAAGGUAAUGAAAGAGGACCAAUCACUUGCAGUAUGUAUACUAAGGAAGGAUAAGGAUAAAGAGAUGAUAAACCAAGGCUGAGGAAAUUUUUCUGAUACUUUCUUCACCUCUAAUAUAUGUUUUGUGUUCCUGUCCUUAUAAAUGUGCUAUUAGGAAGAAGACACAAGUUACCAUGUUGUGUAUUAAAAGUAGUAGGUUGGUAGAAUCAAUAUAUUUUUCAACUAGUAAAUGUAUAUAUAAUUAAAAAUUAGUUUAAGAUAGUCAUUAAAAAUAUUUGAAUAUUAUGUUAAAAGUACACAAUUGUUUCUGUAAUGAUGAUGGGUAUUCUGCUGCUUGUUUGGUGAUUAUAGAGGAAUGUUGUUUUUUAAAAAUGUAUAUUGCAACAAUUUGGGGGUAAACAGUAGUCUGAAAAGAAAAGCAUCACAUUAUUGGAUGAAAUAUGACAGUUUGAAUUUUUGUUGUUCUAGGGAUACCUCCGGCAAAUACCCUAGAUCUAUGACUGUUACAACUAAAUUGUGAAAUGUUUUUCAUAUUAGCCAUAUAUUAUUAGUGAUCACUUUUUAUUUGCCAUUAAAGUAAGAAAGAAGAAUGAUGCUUCAGUUUUAGAUUUUCAGUAAGAAAAGGCAAACUUUGGGACUAAGGAAGAGAGGGUAGUGAGGAGUGGAAUGGAAGUCAGGGGAUGUGAAACUACAACCUGACAAUUUUAAAAAUCAUUUUGAAAAAUAUGUUACUUUUGUCACAUAGUUUCUAAAUUCGACAAGCUAUGCAUUGUGCCAAAUAUUUAGAACAUUGAAAAAAAUUAAUUUUUAGGCUAUUUUUCUUUUAACACAUAAUUUGCAACUUUCUAUAUUAUAAAUGCCACCAAGAGUCUAGAUCAUUGAUCUUAUAUUAUUUCCAGAUAAUAUAAUUUACUCUUAUAAUUACCUCUUAAUUAUCUCUAGAAGUGGUUUGAUAUAUGCCUUUAACUUCUGAAAUUUAUCUUUUGACUUCUGUCUGCCAUUGUAGGUUUUAUAGUGUUCUUUACAGACACAGUACGACAGAGGGAAUACUGGAUUUGGGACCAUUUGAGGUUGAGCUCUAGGAAGAGGUAUAGACAGUAGUGACCAACAGUAGCCUCACAUAAUGUCUAAAGAUGGAGAGACUGAGUAAAUCCUUACGUAUUCUUCACUAAAUUACAAAAUGCAUUACCUAGAUUUUCAUAACUAAAAGCUGGGAUUCGUUGAACAUGUACAUUGACUUGAUUUUGUAGUCGGAAUUGAUCCUAGUUUGUUGCUAUUCUGUAAUUUUUAAUCAACUAAAACAGUAAUAUAUUUGGUGUUGUGGGCCAAAAUUCAUGCUACACAAAUGUCUGCCUUGGAUGGCUUUUGCUUUUCCCUUUUCAAGAAAACAAACUAAUUAGAAUUCUGAGCAAAUUUACCUAAAUCUAAAUGUUUUAGCAUUAAUCAUACAUAAUAAAAAAAAACUUAGAAGUAUCCUCUUAAGAGUUUCCAAUUUCAAACAAAAAUGCUUUGCUUCUAAACAAACAUCACUUUAAUAUAUAUCUUGUAGACCUUUAGCACUACUUGGGCUAUCUGAAAUUUAUGUAUCAUCUCUUUUCUGAGAAGCUGAGUGUGCUUUUGAGUAUUAACCUUUCGACCGCAACAUUUUCUCUGCAGUUGAUACGAGUACAUGGCACGUUAGUGUUACAUGGUACACCCAGCAAGAGAGCAUCUUGUUCUCUUUAGAAGUCUGCACUUAUUUCCAAAUACAUCGCAUUAAAGCCAAAAGAUGGGCCUGUCUGCUUAAAUGACCUUUGUUCCCACUGUUCUGGUUCUUACCUUGAUUUUGAUACUUCCUGGCAAAUAUGUCAUCUCUUUAUAAUCAAAUAUUCAAGAAAAAGCUAAUAUGAUUUCCUUAAAUUUGAACUUGUGUAGAGCAAUGAGAGAAAGGUGAGGGGUAGCAGGAAUAAAGUAUAAUGUUGAAAAAUAGACAAAAGUGGUAUUUGCUAAACUAUCUUCUUUGGUAGCCAGCUAUUUUAAGGAAACUAUCAUAUGUAGUAUUCCCUAGAAAUGUAAAAUGUCUUGAUUUUGUAUUUAAUUAAGAAUAUAUCCUAGGAAAAAUAAAAAAUACAGAUAUUGUGAAAGUGCCCCUGGAGUAUCCCCUCCCAAAUAUUCACUAUUGCUCUCUAGUAUAUACUCUUCAAUUACCUCUUUACUAUGUGCAUUUAUAUACAUAUAUAUUUAUACCUAUAGAAAUACAUAGUUUUGUGGGUUUUAAAUUUUUACAUAAAUUGUUCUUACUAUGCAUUUGUUUUGCAACUUGCUUUUCUUUCUCUUACCAACAUGUCUAGAUCUUAAUGUCAGUAUAACAGUCUUUCAUUUUAUUUUCUCCCACAUCUCUUUGGAUGGGUUUUCCUUUUUUGAAUAACUUCUGACUCUCCAUGAAGCCUUCCCAAAAGAAAUCUGGUCAAUUAGGUAGACUUCACUAGAAUCACAAAAUUUUAAUGCAAACCGUGUUUACCUUAGAACCAGGGUCUCCUUGAAGUAUGUAAAUCUGGGAAUUAGAAAGGCAUCUGCUUACAAUUCAUUUACAGCGCAUUACUUUUCGACUAUUGACUGAUUAAUGUAUAAAAUCUGGGCGUUAACUUUAGCAGAUUAUUCAUAAUAGGUUUUUAUUUGAGGGAAGAAAGAAAAAGAGGGAAGGGCAUAGUUGAUAGGGAAAAAGUACAGGGUAAAAGAAAGCAAGUCUAUAUACAGCUCCGAGUAGUUACGUAACAUAAGACUUCACGCUGCUAAAAAUUUAACCUUCUGUUUGAUCGGUGCCUUUAAUGAGAGAGGAAAAAAAUGAAAGUUCCGUUUCAGAUUUCCCUUUCUCCACCAUCCCACAUACCUCUUUAGAGGUAACCAUUAUUAACAGUUUGGAGUGUGUCUGUAUCUUUGUCAUAGAAAUGACUUUUACUUAUAUUUGAACUUUAUAUGUUUUCAGUUCCCUGAAAGCAACUUAUACCCUAUGUCAAAUUCCAUCCUCAAUCAACUGACCAAUUUACCAAGAACAAACCAGAUUCCCACUUCUUUAAAGAAAGUUACAUCAGUGGUGACAGCUCUUGAACUAGAAGUUAACUCCUGACCCUUAAGAUGUUUUAUGUUUAUCAUAAAUUAAGCUUAAAGAGUAACCAUAGCAUUCUGGGAAAGUCCAGUCAAAUUACUGGUUUCUGUGCCCUGUGGAAAUAGGGCUGGAAAAGAGGAGUGCAGGUCUAAGCUCCUUAAUACCCAUGUAAUUUGGGGUUGGGCUCAUUCUCUUGGCAUGUUUUCCUACUUGGGGAGCAUUGCAAUGUCCCCAACAAUUACCGUAGAUACUUGUCUGCACUGUCUAGGUUAUAGCUUAGCAGGUUAUGUUAGUGCUGGGACAUAAAGUGAAAUGUGUGCCCCAGAACAACACAUUUAUUUAUAUUUGAUUUAAUGGCACAACUUUCUGUGAUUUUGUUAAUAACUAUUUCCAGAUGAUCUUUUAAAAGUUUUUAAACACAUUCUGCUUAUGACUGUUCUAUCAGUUUCACUCAUUUCCUGAGUGCUGCUGUGUGCCCAGUGCCCUUUGUAGUUACAGCUUAAAACUGGGGAACUAAUGACCAUUGCCCAUAGUCCAGAUGUAAGUAGUUUAUCUGUGGCUGUGAAGUCAGCUAAUCACGUAUGUUCACAUCCUGUAUUUGAUCAGAUAUGUACCGUCAAACUUUUGGGGUGAGGUAAUUAGAAUGACUAGUUGAAGUUGAUAGUGGAUUUGAAGUAAAGCGGGUCGGAAUGAUUUUGAAUCUUCAAAUAAUUUUCAAGCCAGAUUAAAAUAGAAUAACUUGUUUUCUAGCUUCAAGGGGGCAAUUAAGUGAUUCUCAAGCCCAAAUUGCUUUUCCAAAUUUUGUGGUAGUGAAGAAACAGAUGCUUUUUGCUUAUUUAGACAGCUGCUCUUUUCUUUAAACUAGAAAAAAUGCAUUUAAAAAGCAGUUGUCUUGUUUUCCUUGCCUUUGACAGAUGUCGCCUUGUCACCAGACAGUAAUCCAGGACACAAUCCAUUACUGGGUCAUGGGCCCAUCUGGAGGCUGUAACACAGUAUAAGUUGUCCAUUUCUAAAUACAGUUUCCAAUUUGGGAAUAUGGGUCCUCUUUUUUUCUACCUGAAAAUGAAGACAUAGGCCAGACAGAGAGCUUAACGAAUAUCUGAAUUUUCUGCUAAUCUUUCCAGUAACUUUCAAGAAUUUUUUUUUUAUUACAGUAUGUUAUUAAAGGCAACAAAUUAUCUAGAUCCCUUCUUGACCCUUUUGGGAGAAAACAGUGAAAUCAUUGUUAAACUAUUUCAUGAGCCAGUUCUCGAGAAGGAACUUCUAUUUAUCUGCACUAAUUCAUCCACAUUAAUUCACAAGAGGUGAAUAAUGUUAAUGAUUUAGUGACUGUUCUUCAAAAUGUAAAAGCCCUGUAAAGGAAAAACUAUACAGCAAAAGCAAGAUACUUUGGAAAUUUUGGGCUGUCUCCAGGGUGACAAUCUUCUUGUCUAAAAGCUAUACCAUGUAAAAGCUCCGUCUACCCUCUGUUGAAUCCCACAUUGGUGUUUUUAAGCAUGAAAAUGUUCUUUAACUGAAGUGGCACGAGUAGUUUCCCCUUCAAAGAUUUUAAGGCCAACAACAGUGGCACAAGAAAAUCAUUUAUGAAAGACAUAAUUUUGGUUGAACUUUAAUGAAGAUGGUCAGAUAUGGCAUUUAAUUUACUGAGUACUGAUCUUUGGUAUGUUGCUUUGAGGCUGGUAUUUGAUAGUCCUAAUUCCUCACUAUUUGGUUCACUGCUUUAGAACUAGCAGUAUUGCUGCCUCUUGCAAUCAAAAAUUUUUAAAAAAUAUUACCUGGAUGUAGAAUUAUUUGCAUAGUAAUCAUGUGCCGUAAAAGCAAGCAAUCUGUGGAAUGUUUGACGGACGUAAUUCUUAAAAAUUAGGGGGAGAUUUACUUAAAUGCAGAAAUAAGAGCUAAAGCUUAAGAGUGGUGUUGAGUGAGAGCUUCGUUCAAUCUGGUAAGUGACUUAUUUGUCCUUUUUUAUUGAUAGUGAAUCCUGGGAAUAUGGGUGGGUAUAAUUAGAGAAAUAAAAAUUGAUUUGUGCUUCAGAAUAUUAAAUGCCAAGAAUCCAAAAACAGCCAUUUAAAUAUAUAUUGUCAAAGGAUCACAGUAUUUGUAGUUGUGCUAAAGAAAAGAAAAGCUUGCAUUUAAUGAUAAUGAAGAAAUUUGGAGAUGUCCCUAGCCUGUAAUGACUUAUGCUGACAUUAUUUUAAAGUCAGUUUUACCAUCAUUAGGAAAGAUUGAGAUAGUAGGUUCUGUGACCUUUAGUUACUAAGGGUAACUGAUAAUCUUACAUCUUUUUCAGAGUCAGCCCCCGCCCCCGCCUCUCUGAUCAGUAAAUUACCCAGAAGCUUCUUAGCUAGUUGGCAUUUGUACGAUGAAUUUCAGAUGUUUCGUAUGCCACGAUUUUUGCUUAUGCUGUCCUUGAAUUCCCUUAGCAUCUUGCUCUUGGUCUUUUUGAAGCUGAUUUGGGCAUGUUAUCCUUUGGAAACACUUGAACUAGAGAACUUGAGCUCUUCACCACCAUUUUUGCCCUAGUGUUGAAAACUGAGUAGAAGUUAGUGUCCCAAAAUUGUUAAUCUUUGACAGAAAUUUUUAGAAAAUGUAUAUAAAGUUUUUAACUUCAGUUCUUCAAUAUAAUUUUGCUGUUUUGUUUUUACUUUCUGGUGGCUUUGCAGUAUGCUUAACGGAAUAUUCAAAGCAAAUCAUUACACUUACCGUAUUAACUCAAAUGAAUUUUUAUGCUAUUUUAACCUACAUACCAAGAAAUGCUAAAACCUCAGCACGUGCCUGGUAGGGCACCCGAGAUGAGAAUUAAACAGCGAAUGAAUAAGGAAAUAGGCAAACCAUAAAAUAAACUUACAUCUUGAUC